UCCAGCACGUACUCAGGACAGCACAGUGCGCGGCUCGUUAGCAGUCAGUUUCUGUUUCCUUGUACAACCUCGACGACUUCAAGCUACUUGGAAAAUGUAAAUACCAACAAACAACGACUUUUGGUGUUCGCUGAAAUAUUUCGUGCGGCGUUGAAACCAGGCUUAGCUGUUGUUUUUUUUUUUUUUUUUUUAAAAAUCCUCCCUCCCGCCUGCCGGCUGUUCUCAUAUGGCUGCGCGUCCCACAAGAUCAGCUCAGUUGAUCAUGGCGCUUGGACGCGGCGGGGUCUCUGUCCUCUCGCUUUUUCCUUGUUUUCCCUAAAACUAUUCCAAACACAAGCUCUGCGACUCGGAUCAGCAAAGACACUGAAGCACACAGAUUUACUGUGGACUUCAAGUUUCCCAGUUUUAAGCGGCUGUUUCUGGAAGAGGAAGAACAGGAGGAGGGAAGGAGAAGAAGGAGAGGAAGGAGAGGAAGGAGAGGUCGGGUUGAAGUGCCUGGUAAUAACGCAACAAUGGUCGUGGUAUGGGAGUGACAUGACAGCUGAGGUGAACCUCGACACUCUUGAAUCUCUCGCAUGCACGCACACACACACGCAAAAUGUGUCUGUCUCAUCUGAGAGGCCAGUUGGAGUGAACGAGGGACAGCACAAGCGCCACCAUGGACGAAUCGGCCCUGCUGGAUCUGCUUGAGUGCCCGGUGUGCCUAGAACGGCUGGACGCCACCGCUAAGGUACUGCCGUGCCAGCAUACGUUCUGCCGCCGCUGUCUGCUCGGCAUCGUGGGAUCCCGAGGUGAGCUGCGAUGCCCUGAAUGUCGCACGCUUGUGGAGAGCGGCGUGGACGAGUUGCCCAGCAACAUCCUCCUUGUGCGUCUGCUUGAUGGCAUCAAGCAACGACCCUGGCGAGCAGGCACGGGGUGUACCAACGGCUCGGCUGGAGGCGGGGUUCGAGAACAUGCAAACCCAGGAGCGCAGCCCCAAAGAGCUCAGACCAAAAGCACUGCGGUCAGGGGAGUACCCCAGCUCCCCUGCGCCAAGGCCUUGUACAACUACGAUGGCAAAGAACCCGGCGACCUCAAGUUCAGCAAGGGCGACAUCAUCAUCCUGCGCCGGCAAGUGGACGAGAACUGGUACCACGGCGAAGUGGGCGGAGUGCACGGCUUCUUCCCGGCCAGCUUCGUGCAAGUGAUCAAGCCACUCCCACAGCCGCCGCCACAGUGCAAGGCCCUGUACGACUUCGAGCUGAAGGACAAGGAGGCUGACAAGGACUGCCUUCCUUUCUCAAAGGACGACAUUCUGACAGUAAUUCGACGCGUGGACCAGAACUGGGCUGAGGGAAUGCUGGGAGAUAAGAUCGGCAUCUUCCCCAUAUCCUAUGUAGAGUUUAACUCGGCCGCACGGCAGCUCAUCGAGCUCGACAAGGUGCCUGACGACUCUGCCGAGGGCACUUCCUCCUCCUCCUCCUCCUCUUCAUCCUCCUCCUCCUCAGGCCCCCAAGCCAACGGCUCACAAAAAGCAACAGGGGAGAAAAAGAACAGCAAGAAGCGCCACUCGUUCACCUCACUGACCAUGUCGCAUAAGCCGUGCCUGGCCCCGCCGCCACAGCGCCACUCCAUGGAGAUCAGCGGGCCCGUGCUCAUCAGCUCCUCGAACCCUACAGCAGCCGCACGCAUUGGGGAGCUCAGCGGUGGUUUGUCCUCCAGCGCCCCCUCCCAGGUUCACAUUUGCACAACAGGCCUCAUCGUCACUCCACCUCCGAGCAGUCCUGUAACAACAGCGACGGUCUUCACUUUUCCUCCAGAGACCAGCUAUGCCUCCAUCCCAGUGGACACUUUGCCUCCUCCUCCACCUCCUCCCCCACAAUCCUCCUCUGUGGGCGCUGCGUCAUCGUUGGCCACAGGGCAGAGGCCGUCCCCCACUGCAAGUGACCAGAGUGGACGUCAGAGACCGACUGUAUAUGUUGCGAUGUUCCCGUACACACCCCGUAAGGAGGAUGAGCUGGAGCUGAGAAAGGGCGAGAUGUUCCUGGUGCUGGAGCGCUGUCAGGACGGCUGGUUUAAAGGAACAUCCAUGCACACUGGCAAGAUCGGAGUAUUUCCUGGCAACUACAUGAGUCCUGUCAGCAGAACGGUGGCAAGCAGCAGUCAGCCCAAAGUGCCAUUAGCAAUGUGCUCGCAGGCUGGACGCGGCAUCACCAUAGUUAGCGCCUCGUCCUCUCCGAUCGGAGCUGCCCUGGGUGGCGUUGACCCCAACAAGCCCCUCCCUAUUUGCACAGGCCCCGCCCCUUCAAGCCCCAUUCCGGCGGCCGUAGUGACAGCAGCUCACAUGCCUCCUGGUCAGCAUCCCAAAGUGCUCAUGCAUGUGACGUCACAGAUGACGGUGAACCAGGCACGCAACGCUGUGAGGACCGCUGUGUGCCACAAUCAGGACCGCCCCACUGCAGCCGUAACGCCCAUCCAAUCCCAGAACGCCGUGGCUUUCCUGCCUCACCUGGCUGUGUGUCCGCAGCCGUCACCUGGCAGCGCCUCCGCCUCAAACCCUACGUCAAGUAGAAUAGGAGUGGCUAUGGGCUGCGCCGCCGCCUCACUUACCCCACCAAACAUCAGCGCUGCUUCUUUAGAGGUCGAUGGCAUGAGACCCAGCGCCAUGGUGUCACUCCCGGUCGCUCCUGGUAACGCCAAGCCUCUUGGUGCCACCGCAGCAAAUCAGGCUCCUGCUUGUAAACUAGAUAAGGACUGCAAGAGGGAGAAGAAAGGCCUGUUGAAGCUGUUGUCAAAUAAAAAGAAACUCCGCCCCUCUCCCCCAUCUUCCCCAACUCUGGAGGCGGAGCAAGCCGUUGCCGCGGACAUGCCGCAAGGUGCCAUGGCACCUGAAAUGCCCGUGCCAAACUCAACAGCAGUGGCCAGUGGAAACCAUUCCCGGACCGGGCCCUGUCCUGUGGAGGCUGAGACACCUGCAGCUUCAUCAUCAACAUCAUCAUCAUCAAAUACUGAUGCUGCACGCAGGAGUGGCUGUCAGGAAAACUCCGCCCCCAUUGCACCGCCACCACGGCAACCAUGCUCCUCUCUCCUGUCCAUGCAACACGACGGACGGCCAAUAGUGUGUGAAAGGUACCGUGUGGUGGUGUCUUACCCUCCACAGAGCGAGGCUGAGCUGGAGCUGAAGGAGGGCGACAUUGUGUUUGUGCACAAGAAGCGCGAGGACGGCUGGUUCAAAGGCACACUCCAGAGGAACGGCCGAACCGGCCUCUUUCCCGGCAGCUUCGUCGACAGCAUCUGACUCACACACAUGCUUGCUAUCAAGCAAAAUUAUGCCAAGCUGUUAUGAGGUUAGCAGCUGCCAUUGCCUGGAAAGCUCCUGGCAAUGACGGGCAGAACGGACAAGGAUCAGCAGUGUAUAUGUGAGAGUGGAUCUAAGCACAAAUCAACCCAGUUUUUUUUUUUUUUUUUAAACACAACCUGGACGCCACGAGACUGUCACAGUCUCUUGGAGCAGAACAUACACUUGCAGUUUUACACAGAGACAUAAUAAAAUAAAAAAAAAAAAAGCACAUAUCUCAAGCACAUGUAUAAAACAGACAGCAUGAGACAGCGCUCACUUGACUCAGACUCAAAGGAGAGUAGAGCUCGUCAUGUGAUAAUCCGUUAAUUUAUGUACCUGUAUUUCAGAACGGUUUAAAUGCGUGCCUUGUACGGCAUCACUUUAUUGUAUAUAAGCAAACAGAGCUUAUCUAUGAGUGAACUGAGCAAAGCUGGAAAAUAUGAAUUUAUUAUACUCAUUUAAAAAAAAAAAAAAAAAAAAAUUGUAGUUUUGGUUGUAGGGUAUUGAUGGAUGAUUAAUGUGAACUAUGAUUGGCUGCCCCUGAUGUGUCGCUGAUUUGCGUCGCUUGGUCAUCGGUGGACGGAGUCGGAUGUCAUCGCUGAUUAUGCAUUGCUUCGACAGAAUGGAUGUUGCUCACUGCCCAGUUAAACUACUGUUGAUCAUCCUGAAGAUAGUUGAACUUUAAUUUACUACUGAUUUAAAAAAAAAAUACUGAUAUUCGAAUUUGAUCCAGUGCGUAUAAAUAUACAUGCAGAAAUUGAGAUUACAUGGGUUAGUGAAUUCCUGAGCAAAAAAAAAAACAGUCGUUCAUUCGAGUCGUUUGAGUGGAUUAUCAAGCGUCGAGGUUGCGGUGGCUCAUGCACGAUGAAUCGCAGUGAACAUGACUCAGUAUUGCAGAGUAAGAAGUGGGGAUGUAAUGAAUCUGCUGUAGAUUUUUCAGUAACGGGGUUUAGAGGUAGUGUGGUUAAUGCUUCUGAUAUAACUGUUGAUAUUUAAAAAAAAAAAGAAAAAAAGAAAAGAAAAUACACUCCAUAGAAAGCAUCUGAGCGGUGGUGGCAUAGACGUUUAACUCAAAUUGUACUAAUUAUAUUUCUAUAUAUUAAAGUAUGAUAGCUGCUGGCUCCCUUUAUGUGUUAUUUUGGAUAUGAGAGUACGACUGACAGCUGAGUGAUGGAUCACUGAAGCACACUCAUCCUUUUACUCUUGCGUCGUCUUGCGUAGUUGUUGUUGUUGUGUGUGAUAUUGUGUGUCUGUGUGUGUGUGUUCCCCGAUUUACAGCUAAUUUUAGUCUAUUGCACUAUGCCCGACAGAGGAGGGAUUGACCUUUUUGAUCAAGGUGCAACAGAUGAGAGCUGCGUGAUGGCUCGGAGGCCACAAGUCCAGCGUCCCAGCGCGUCCGCUUCAGUGUUCUUUAUUUUGGUCAUGUUUGCCUCACAGUUUCAUCAGUAGUGGUCAUGUCCGUCAUGCGGGUCAUUUUAAACACCUUAUACAUUUGUGGUAUAAUCUUAGAGCUGUUGUGCAACUCAAGCGAGGUGCUUGAUUGUCAAGACAUUAUGAAAUAUCAAGAUUAUACCACAAAUCUAUGGCUUAUUACUCCUUAUUACAGGUUGCAGACUGCUGCUAUUGUCACCCCUGGCAUGCACAAACAUGACUUCUCCUGUUUUUUUUUCCCUAACCAUCCUCUUCUGCACACAAUCUCACAAUAAUAAAUAAUGACUGAUGUACUUAAAGACUCACUUCAGAAAUCCAGAAUUAGCUGAUGUCAUUCUUUUUCCAGAUGACUCAUUGACAUUUACUGUCUUUUUUUUUUUUUAACAUUCGUGUCAUGAUCCAAAUCAAGACGUCUUAUAAUCGUGACCAAAACCAUAUGCAGAUAGAAUUUGUCCUUUCCAUAGUUUCUGGAGACAUUUCUACCUGAUCCAGUGUUUGACCUUCAUCAUUGAGAACUGUAGACGCAUCUUUAGUUUGAUUCUAGUUAGCGAACAGAUAUUACAGUGAUUGCAAAACGCUGUUUACGAGUGUGUGCUGGUGUAGGAGGACCUCAAUGAGCUAACUAGCUGGUGUUUUUUUUUUUUUUUUUUUUGGGUACACUUUUACGGGAAGCUCAAGUGCCUGUUCUGUGUUGUCGAGUUCACCCGAGAUCAUCCUGUCAAUAAAGUAGCACAAAUUCAAGAAAAAAAAAAACAUUCAGGCAGAAGCUGACACACUAGUUCACUCUGUAUCAUCUUUAUUUUUUCAUUCAUACACACCUUUUUUUUGUUUCUUUUUUUCUACAUAGCUGUCUAGGCAUAUCCUCAUUGUGCUAGACCAAACGAUUCUCAUGCCUUAGAGAGACGCAGUACUAAACCUGACUUGAACACCUACUCUCUUCAUUAUUAUUAUUAUUAUUUUUUUUUUACUCUUUUUGUUACUGGUUUUAGUACAUGCUCGACUGUAUGUCUGCUAGUGGUGAAGUUGAUCUCCUCAUAUUCAGUACUAAAUCAUUGGAAGAAAUAGUCAAUUUUUUUAAUGUGCUUAACUGUAAUUAAAGAUCUUGAUUUCCAAAUGA